CCGGCCCACUCUAGGUGGCAUCUAACCUCCUGGAAAGGGAGUAGUUGAAAUUUUUCGGGUCUCUCUGAGAGUCAGUGAAGCAUAUCAGCAAGUACCUCCUGGAGUCAAAGCAGAGGUGAAAGGCCCGCAGAGCCAGGACAUCAUAGCUGUGUUUCUGACCACGCUAUUUCUCCAGCUGGUGAGAUCCCAAGGCACAGAUAUGAUCAUGCUUCUCAUUCAUUUAGUUGUCCCUGUUACUUCAUGAUAAAUAAUGUUAUUUUCAUGCCUCGUGAAACAUGGCAUAGGAUUUGAGCUGUGUUCUUUGACAGCAGUCCUCAAAAAUGAGCGAGGAGAGAGUGACGUAUGUGGAGCUAAAAUUACCCCAUUCAAGGGAACAGAAGGACAAAAGACGUCCAAUGGAUAAAAGGAGAGAAUUUCCAUGGUAUACGGUUGCAUUAACCCUAGGAGUUAUAUGUUUUCUCCUCCUGCUGACAAUCACAGGCUUAGGAUUUAUGUUUUUUCAGAAGUGUUUUGCACACACUAUGCAAGAUAUGAACAAUACAAAAGAAAAAAGUGCUUCCUUAGGAGAGGCUGAAGAUCACUCUAUUUUAUUGCCUAUUACAGAUAAAGACUAUGACUCAUUUCAAGGAAGUUGGUACUGCUGUGGAAAAAGCUGUUACUAUUUUUCAAAAGAAGAGGAAACUUGGGAGAGGAGUAAGAAGUCAUGCGAAGACCUGCGUUCUAGUCUCAUUAAGAUUGAUAAUAAAGAGGAGCAGAACAUCAUUCAAUCAAAAAUAAAAUACAACUAUUGGAUUGGAUUACAUAAAACAGGAGCUAAGACUUCCUGGAAGUGGCUGGAUGGCACUCUCUUAUCUCAGAUGGUGAAUUUCCAGCAAAGUUUAAUGGAUGUAAAAUGUGGACACCUCAAGUCAUCGAAAAUUUUUACUGCUGAUUGUAGUAAACCCUUUCGUUACAUUUGUGAAAAGGAGUUCACUGGCCCUGAUUAUUAAAAGAAUUACUGUCAUCAAAGUUUUAAUGUUUUCUUUCUUUAACAGCUAUUAGGGAAACAAUUUAGGAUAUUAACUCAAAUUAGCCCAAUAUGCAUGAUUUAUUAAGGGUUAUGAUCAUUCAAAUAUUCCUCAACAAGGUUAAAACUCUAAGGUUUAUAAAUAGGAAUAUUAUAUAUUCAAAAAAUAAGUUUAUUGUUUAGAAAUUUCAAGAACCAAUCCACCAAAGAAUGUGAAACAAAUUCAUUUUCACUGAGUAUAAGAUUUUACAUUUACAAACAAUUAAAUGAUUCUGAUAUAAAUAGGUUAUUAAUACAUUCAUGAUGAACAAGUUCUCUUUAUCCAUCUUGUUCCCAAGUCACCUAGUUCCCUUCUCAUAGGCAAACUUGUAAUAGUUAGAUAGUAUUCCAAAGAUAUUCUAGGAAAGUACAGCCAUAUGCAUGCUAUCUGCUAAACAAAAUGUUACAUAACUACAAACAAUAGUAUUGCUUCUUUACAUUUUUGUUUAAAAAUAUAUCAUGCAGUUUGUUCCAUAUCAGUACAUAGGAGCUGCAUCACUGUAAGCAGUUGCAAAUGUUACACUAAACGGAUGUACCAAAAAUUUAUCUAACAGUUUUAUUUCCAAUCGGUAUUUCAGUUUGUCCCAGAAUUUUACAAUUGUAGAAAAAUGCUGGAAUGAAUAGCACUUAAUACAGUAUUUUUUGCCUAUGUAUGUAUAUAUAUAUAUUUAUAUAUAUGAUAAAUCUCUAGCAGUGAAAUCUCUGUAGCAAAAGAUGUGUACAUUAAAUGUUAAUAGACCUGUAAUAUUUCAGUAGAGGUUGUCCACCUAUCAUCUCCACACAGCAACAUUCAAGAAUUCCUGCUUCCUCAU